GCGUUUCUCGACUCUGAACCGAGGCUGCGAUAGCAAAGGUGAGACCCAAAAAAAACUGUCUCCAUCCGUGAAUCUCUUUCUUCUUUGAUUUAAUCUCAUCUUCUCUCUGUAAUCGUUUAAUCUUCUUCAAUCUUCUUCCUCGACAGCUUGUUCUCGUCUAUUGUGGUUGAGAAAGAACACCGUUUUCUCUGACAUUCAACCUGUAACCUUGAGAAGUCUUCAAGAUUUUGGUCAGUUUAGUUAGAGAGUCUAAUGUUAAACUUCUAAGGUUAAGACUUAAAACUUUUGUGAUAGUCAUCCGCCAAGAAAGCUGAAUCGAGAAAGAUGGAUGAAGAUUUCGAGAUGACGACAUGGAUUUCGGUGACGCCGCCUCGUUUCUCAAAGUCGGUGAAGAGAAAGAGAUCCCAGGUUUGAAGAAGAAGCUUGUUAAAGAAGGUGAAGGAUAUGAGACUCCUGAGAAUGGCGAUGAAGUUGAAGUGCAUUACACUGUGACUCUGCAUGAUGGGACGAAGUUUCAUUGUACCCGUGAUAGAGGUUCCUCUUUCAAAUUCACUAUUGGACAAGGUCAGGUUAUUAAAGGAUGGGAGAUUAGUAUGAAGACAAUGAAGAAAGGUGAAAAAGCUGUAUUCACUAUCCCGUCAAAGCUAGCUUAUGGUGAAUCUGGUUCACUGCCAAAAAUCCCUCGGAAUGCCGCGUUUCAGCUUGAUGUGGAGUUGCUUACAUGGGUUAGUGUGAAGGACAUUUGCAAAGGUGUGACUAAGAAGAUUCUUGCUGUCGGAGAGAAGUGGGAAAACCCAAAGGAUCUCGAUGAAGUUCUUGUUAAGUACGAGGCGAAACUUGAGGAUGGCACCGUUAUUGGGAAAUCUGAUGGUGUAGAGUUCAGAGUUAAUGAUGGUCAUUUCUGCCCUGCACUUGCUAAGGCUGUGAAGACCAUGAAAAAGGGUGAAAAAGUCCUUUUGACAGUUAAACCACAAUAUGGUUUUGGGGAGAAGGGCAAGCCAGCCUCGGUUCCUCCAAGUGCAACGCUUGUGAUCAAUCUGGAGUUAGUUUCUUGGAAAACAGUUUCAGAAGUAACUGAUGAUAACAAGGUUAUGAAAAAAAUUUUGAAGGAAGGGAAAGGAUAUGAGCGUCCUAAAAAGGGUUCAGUUGUGAAAGUGAAAUUGAUAGGAACACUUCAAAAUGGUACUGUAUUCCUGAAGAUAGGUCAUGGAGAAAGCGAGGGACCCUUUAAGUUCAAAACAGAUGAAGAACCAGAGUAUGCCUUUGGUUCUACUGUGUCACGACAGGAAUUGGCUGUGGUGCUGCCAAACUCAACCGUUAAUUAUGAGGUUGACCUUGUGACUUUCGAAAAGGAAAGAGAAUUGUGGGACAUGAACACUGAGGAGAAGAUAGAAGCUGCUGGUAAGAAGAAGGAAGAAGGAAAUGCCAAGUUUAAAGCAGGCAAAUAUGCCCUGGCUUCCAAGAGAUAUGAGAAGGCUGUCAAAUUCAUUGAAUAUGACACAUCCUUCAGUGAGGAAGAGAAGAAGCAAGCAAAAGCAUUGAAGGUGGCGUGCAAUCUAAAGGAUGUAGCCUGCAAACUGAAGUUGAAAGAUUACAAGCAGGCUGAAAAACUAUGCACAAAGGUCUUAGAGCUAGAAAGCACCAAUGUGAAGGCCUUAUUCGUCCUCGUCCAAGCCAUUCCUGCCAUGUCAUCUGAAGAGGAACUAGAGCGGGAAGUUCAGCUUUAUAUCGCUCAGGAUUCCAAUCAAAAGUUUAAUGCUCUUCUGGAAAAAUUUUGGAAACGCAUUCCAAAAUCACCAUAUGAUACAGUUCCAGAUACACUAAAGUUUCUCUGUCCCUAUCAUGCAUUCUUUAAAAAUACUCUUGAACAGAUGGAUGACUGGAAGCAUUACUUGUCUAAUAUAAUGUCUGUCUUAGACCUUGGUGAGAUGGAGUAUUUUGACCAAGUAGAUUUCCCAAAGAUCGGAGCAAGACCAAUUACUGAGUUGAGUCUGAAUGAAUUGAAGCUGGAGCUUGAUAAUCGUUCUUUGGGUAUUUUGGGAGGAAAGCAAGCUAUGCUAAUACGUUUAGCUUACUCCAUUAGGAUGGAAGAAAAUGGGUACUUUAAAAAGGUACGAGGCAACCCAAUCUUUAAUUUAGAAACCACAGACUUACAAAGUCAGCUUAGGUUACGCUUGUUAAGGUCUGGUGGAACUAAUAGGGAAGAGUUAGCUAUGCGCUUAGCUAAAGCGGUAAAUUCAGGUAUUAAAAUAUCUGAAGAUGAGAACUCACUUGAGAAAUCACUAGAUCCCGUCCAGACAGAUCAUUUGAGAGCUCACUUAAGCGACUCAUUCCAAGUAGUAUUCCUGGAUUUGGAGUUUAAACACCAUACGAUUCUGGAGGUUGGGAUUGUCCUUGUGGACCUCGUGACGUGGAAAAUGAAAGAAUUUCAUGCAAUUCUAAGGCAAACAAAGGAGUUUAUGAAGUCUUAUGUUGGUCGGUCCAGUAUCCCUAGAACAAAGCUAGAGGCCGACUCAUCACCUAGGUUCAGUGAUAUAUCCCAGACAAUUUUUGAUUGUCUUCACCACAGGGUUGUCAUAGGUUCUGGCACAAGUAACCCUAAGUCAUAGAAGCGGUCUCUGAGAACCUGUAUAUCGCACUUUCUGAUGUUGUGACCUAUGACAACCCUGUGGUGAACACAAUCAAAAAUUGUCUGGGAU